AUGGCUAAAGAGCUGGUCGGAAAGCUCGAUGAACUGGAUGGAAAAGGCUUGACUUGGGACGACGAAGUCAUCAUCAUUCUCGACCACAUUUGUGGAAAGAGGAAUUACAGGGAGGCAGCAAAGGAGUUCAAAUUCCCUGUGGACAAGAUGGUUCGAUCUUGCCAAGCAUUUUUAAAUCGCCACGAAGACACUCUCGAAGAAGCGCUUGUUCGAAAAUUUCAUCACAAAAUGGGCGUUUGGCUCUGUCAUGAGCUCUCGGACGCUUGCAGCGGCGUCGUUCGAUUGAACGCGGAUAGUCCCGAAGACAAUAAACUGACUGACGAGGCGAUCAACAAGAUGAUCGCUGACAAUCUCCACAAAGUGAAGAAGCCAGUUGUCGGAUUCAACCCGAAUGCGCCGAACGUCAAGACUAUCAAAAAGCCUGUGCACAACGAGCUGUAG